AGUUAUAUGAGAAGGGGGUGGUCUUUAUUUUUUAAUUUUAAGAAUCAACCUCUGAUUUUGGUCCCGCUUUUUUUGCUAUCUCAGAACAUGGAAAUGCAUAGCUCAGAAGAAUACAUGAAAAUGGAGGUGGAGUGUGAAACAAAGCAAUCUUUGUGCAAAGGUCGUCCGUGUAGCAAACAAACUGGAAUCUUAGUGCUUCUAGGAACUGUGGGCAUGAUUAUUUUCUUGGUGUUGAUUUCUAUCAUCGUCCAAGCAAAGAAACUGUCUGACAUUGAGACCCUGAUGACCGAUCUUAGUUCAUCGCUAGAUUCACUCACAUCCAAACAUGAGGAAAACCAACAAAAGCUGGAGCGUCAACAGAAUGUGUCGUACAUUCAAGUGAAGAAACAGAUGGACACUGUAAGAGCUUCAGUAUCAUCAAUUAUGUCUAAACUGAAAGCAGAUAGUGUGAGGACAUCUUUUAUGUUUCGACACCCUUUGGAACGAUUUUUGAUUGAACAUAGCUCGGAAGAACUUGAAUCAGGCUGCAGUGAUUCUGCUUGGGUUCCUUUCGGCAACAGCUGUUACCUCUUCUCUCGUGAUAAAAUGAACUGGACAGAAGCAAAAGAUUACUGCGAAGAGAAAGGCGCAUGGCUCUUAAAAAUUGAAGAUGACUCUGAGGAUGAGUGGGUGCGUAAUGAAUGUCAAUUUGUAACUGAUUUUGCCAAUCCAACUCAUUACUGGAUCGGCUUAACGGAUCAGAACACAGGCCAGUGGAGAUGGGCAGAUGGAACUAAUUACACCAUGAACAAAGAACACUGGGGACCUGGACAGCCGGAUGAGUGGACUGAGCAUAGCUUGGGAGAGGAAGGAGAGGACUGUGCGGAAAUUACAUAUGAAUCUCUGCUCAAUGACCUGCACUGCUCCUCCAAAAUAAAGUUCAUUUGUGAAAUGAAAACAUAGGACUGAGAAUGGAAACACUUGAGUGUGGUCAAAACUCUAAAUAUGGAAUUUUAAAUAAACAACUUUUGAGUAU